CUUGAGUUGCCAUUCGCGAGAUCUGCUCUUGGACGUGACUUCAGACUGUGUGCUACAAUAGCAACCAUGCAGUCUUCAGAUGGCGAGACCCCGCCUGAAGCGCCUAGACUCGAAAGUGCCGACCUUCCAACUGCCGAAGGUCAAGAAACCCUUCCUACGUAUACGGGACCAGGAUUCGUGACAAAUAAUCCGGAACUCGCUUCGUUGACCCCAGCUCAACUGUAUGAGCUAAACCAGGGUUUACUGGACGAGGCAGUGCCGCAACGACCGCUUAUCGACCAGAUUGUCCCGAUGGCGGUGUUACGCGCGGAGUACGAGAACGGAUCGGCGUCAUUCACCAAACAAAUCGACUACUUGGUGUCACAAUCUUAUACUGGGAUACGGAGGACCAGGGGAGAUGGUGACUGCUUCUAUCGCUCCCUGGCCUUUCGCUACGUUGAACGUCUUAUGAAUGCCGCGGACCCCGCUCUGGCGGUCGGAAGUGCUGUAUCGACCUUAGAAGCUAGCCUCCCCAUGCUGGAGGCGGCGGGUUUCCAGAAGCUCGUAUUCGAGGACUUCUACGACACGUUUGUUUCGAUCAUCAAGCGGAUAGUGCAACCGGAAGCAGAUGGCACUACCUUGACGCCUCUAUUGCUUCUGGAGGCGUUCCAAAAUCCCGAAGUCUCGAACUCUGUCGUGGUGUAUUUGCGAUUGCUCACGUCCGCUCAAAUCCGCACGGACCCAGACUCGUACCAGGAUUUCCUUUUCCACCCUGAACUCGGGGAACUCAUGACUCCCAGGGAGUUCUGCGAGACAUUCGUGGAGGCAGUUGGUAAAGAAGCAGACCAUGUGCAGAUGACUGCUUUGGCAAGGGCACUGAAAAUCAACUUCAGUGUGGCGUACUUGGAUGGCCGAUCAGCCGACGGACAUGUCGACUUCGUGAAUUUCAAUGAUGGCAUCCAAGACGAGCUGGAGCCUCUUGUCUUGCUAUACAGGCCUGGUCAUUAUGAUAUAUUGGAGAAACAAAGCGAGGAUACGGUAAUUUAAGGCUCUCAUCGACACGAUGGCAUAGGGAUUCUGGCUGAAGAGAAUCAAGUCCGGUGUAAUGCUAAGGAGCUGAAAGAACUUUACGGGAAACUUGCGGUGCCACAUCUACUGGUCGAACAGCUCUCGAGCCAUGUGACACAUUACUGAGAGAGAGGUCUGCGGGAUUACAAGAUUUAAGUUUUGUGUGGGAUUGACGAUGCGAAAUUGGAACCUACAAAAUUCCCUUGGG